CACCAUCAUCACCACCAGCAGCAGCAACAGCAACAGCAGCAACAUCAUCAUCAACAGCAGCAGCAGCAGCAACACCAUCAUCAGCAAUUGCUGCAUCAACAGCAGCAGCAGCAGCAGCAGCAACAUCAGCAACACCUCAAUCAAUCGCAGCAGCUGCAGCAGCAGCAGCAUCUGCACCAUCAUCCGCUCAACUCGCAGCAACCAAAUGGUGCGUUCAAGUAGCUGCAAUCGCCUGACGCCCCGCUCCGUUCCCAGUGAAGGCACCGUGCCUGUGCGUGCGUGCCUGUGUGCGUGCCUGUGCCGUGAUCGAUCGUUGCCUACGUCUAUGUUCCUUAUUGCUGCUUAUCGCUUUCCUAAAGUUACGUUCCGUUUUUUCGCGAGCGAACCCGGAGCACGGCGGUUCUUCCUCACAAAAUAGACUCCGUAUCCGGUGCAACAACGCGUGCGUGCGUGCGUGCGUGCGUGCGUGCGUGAGACCUGGCUCCUGAAUGCGCUCGUUUGCUGCGGCGCAGUUGUAAAUAGUAGCCCCAGUUUUUGUGUGUACAAAGCGUAGCCGUGCUGUUUCCCCUUCCCCGUGUUAGGGUUAAGUCACUUCUCUCUACUACUCUCUCACUUUCUCUCUUUCUAAGAGCAGCGCGUGGUGUACGUUUUUUGUUUUUUUUACGCAGGCAAUCGUGUAUCCCACACCGGCAGAAGGAUAUAAUAGGGAAGGAUUGGGUUAGGUUUGCGAACGUGUCCUGUUCGUGUAUGGGUGUCCUGUGUCCGUGCAGUAGCCUAGCCGCGAUCGCGAGAGCCUGUGUACAGAGAGCGGAGCGAGUGGAGAAAAGAUAAAGAUUGUCACGCUCUAGACAUACACAUCUACACUAAACGGAUAAUAACAUACCUUAAAAUGCAUCUAUAUACAUAUACAUAUACAUAGAGUUAUAUAUACAUAUAGUUAUAUAUUUAUGAAGUCUUCGUCUAGCGUGGUAAGAUAUUUAGGAGUUUAGGAAAAAUGAGCGAAGCAAACAGAUAUAAAAAAAAGGCACAGGCAGAUGCAGAGGGGAAAAGAAAGAAAGAGGACCUCUGCCGCUCCUCCCCUUGGCGACCA